UCACUUCGUUUCUUAUUGUAUAAUCAAAACCGAGGAUUUGCGAAAAAUGUUUAGGUUAAAAAUACCUCGCACACAAUUCAAGUUUGGCAUCCAAAUAUGUCGAAAUUAUUUAUCACAUGAAUAUAAAAGCGUUUUAAGUGAUUUUGAAAUAACUGCAGCAGACGUAAAUUAUGCGCGUACCAAAAGUUCGCCGGCGCAAGGAAUUAUACGGAUUGACAUAGUGAAUGGCAUUGCACAUGAUAACAGGAACAACGAAUUCAGUGAAACAUUUCUGAAGUUGCGUUCAGAACCACAAAAGGCAACUGUAUUCGAAGCCACGAAUUAUGCUAUAUUCCGAAACUUCAUUGAUAACGAAAAUUUAGAUGAAUUAUUGGCCAACGUCAAGAAUCGACUGCAAAGCGGUUUAUUCGUAGAUGAUUUCAUCGGUUGUUAUCUUUUGAAUCAUUUUCUGCAAGAGCAAAAUUAUUUGGCUGCUACUGAAAUUGGUUUGGAAAUAUUUAAACAAGACACUUUGGACAAUAAACUACUAGUCAGUUUAAUGUUAAAAUCGUUCUUUGAAUAUUUAAAGCAAAAUCUUGAACAAAUUGCUCCACCUUUGGUUAAGGAAACAAAACCAACAAAAAAAAAAGAUGAGGUAAAAGUACGAGUGAAAUUUCUUCGAAAUACCGAGGAUGGUCAAGAUUUACCUACCCAGAUUGGAAGAGCUAUUUGUAAAAUAUCCCAGUUGUACGCGAAUCACGUCACUUCCAACUUUAAAUUAUUAGGAAGUUUGUUGACUAAUAAAAAUGAUUUGGCCACAUCGCUUUUGCUAGCAACUAAUACUAACUUCUGUAAGGACACGUUACAAUACAGUCAAAUUCUGCUAAAAAACAAGAAGGGCGUGGAUGAGAAACUAGUAAACGCCAUAAAUUCUAGUUUGGAACAAACUACAGAUUCCAAAAUGCUGGAUGAUCUACUGUCAUCGUUUUUAGAAGCGGUUAAAAAAGAAGAGGAAGUAAAACUAAUCGAGCAGCAAAAAAACAAAUACGCCGCAUGGAAAGAACAAGAUGUUGUAGAAAGGAAUAAGAGUAUAAACGGAGUGCCAUCUGGUCAGCGAAAAGAAAAUAUUGACCAAAUCUUAACAGAUCUGGCUCAGAAGAAGCAAAAGCUUUGGUAUUUUGAUAAUGAGGAACUAAUUGAUCUUGAAAUAUUCAAAAAAAAUAAAAGCUACCCCAAGAGAUGGUUUGGAAAGAAGAAAAAGCCUAAAGUAGUUGAUGACAAUUACGUUCCACCUGAAAUAAGUAGAAAAAUAGCAUGAUACAAAAUUUGAAUAAAUAUUUUUAUCAUGGAAAAAUAG